AUGUCUCCUCCUGCAAGCGUCACAAUCACCCAGCUUGAACCUGUCGUCUUUCUUCGCGGCCAGUCAUCUUCCGGAGAAGAUGCUCGUGGUCGCCGUCGCCCCGUCAACGUCGAUGCUCCGCCAUCCCAGCUGCGUGGUCUCGUCACCCUCUACCUCCCCAAACCCUCCAAGAUCAAAGAGAUCACCAUCUCUCUCAAAGGUACAGCUAAAACCGACUGGCCAGAAGGUAUUGGUCCCAACCGUGUUGAACUCGUCGAAGAAAUGUCUAUUUUCCAUCAAGUCAUCAGUCUCUACAACGCCAAGCAUGACAAGGCAAGUGCUGCUCCAACUCGACGCAGAAGCAACUCGGUCGGGCCAGGCAUUGGUCUGCAACAAGACGUCGAUUGGGACUAUGCUGCCGCCACCGCAAAUGCGAACGCCUCGGAAAGACCGUCGCCCAGAUCUGCAUCCGUCUCGAGCUCGCGUCAGGCUAGCGGCUCCAGUCGAUCCGAGGACGAACGGACGAAAACCCCGAGCGGCAGUGGGGCAAGCGGAGGCAGCAACUUGGCUCGUCAGAUUGCCGGUGCCGCCGCCAAAGCAGGCACCGCCAUGAUUCCACCCACAUUGCGUCCCGACAUGGGUCUUGCUAGAACCAAAGAUCCACAGCCAAACUCUUCUCGAAGUCGUCCGCCUCUUCACCGCACUGGCUCCGGUACUACUUCUUGGACUCAGUACGCUACGAGCCCCGAUUCCCGUGCAGCCACCCCGGCGGUGUCGCCAUCUGCGCAUGCUUCAAAUUCGUAUAUCGGCCCUGUCCUUUCCUCUUCCGUCUCCCCGUCGUUGCCAUCUAGUCCAUCUGCUUCCUUCUCUGAUCCUCGCCGUCCACCUGCUGCACAACACCAGGAUCUGUCGCGCUGGCACGAAUACUUCGCAUUGCAAGGGUAUGAGCGUCCUCCUCUGUACGCACCUCGCUCGGCGCCUUUGCAAGGUUAUGAUACCUGGCCCACAGAGAUCCCUUUCGAAUCGCCGCCAGCCUUGGAGGACGCAGCUGCCAUCCCUGAUCAAGCGGCCUCACCAAGCAAUAGUGUUGCCUCGAGCGCAGCACCCAGUGUAGAAGCAACAUCCAUGGAUCGUAUCGCCGCCAGCUCUCAUGAUGUCCCCGCUCCUUCGUCUGCAACCAUCCAGGUUCCAGGUACAUCGCCGCCCAAGCCCCCUACCAUCUCGGCAUCCGGACCAUCUGCCUCCCCUGCCAGGAGCAUUUUUCACACUCAGCCACCUGUCAUUCCCCGAGCCAAGGAGCAGACGGUCCGAUUCGAUCCACAGUCUCGCAUCGGCCAUGCACCCCCCAGUAGUACCACCGUUAGCACCUUGUCCAGAAUUAGCGCUAACAAGAGCGCUCCAUCCAGUCUCCGCAGCUCGGUUGAGCUGCAAGACAAUCACAUCAAAGCCGGUAAGACCAAGUCAAGCAGCAAAGCAGGUAACGAUGCCAAGACAAAGAAACCCGGUUUCAAGAUGCUCAUCAACGGCCUUCUAAAAGAACCCACGGCUGAUCACAAAGCUCACGCUGAUGAUGCCGCCCACCCGGACUCGAAAGAGUUCAAGAAGGGCACGUAUACGUAUCCAAUCUGCAUCUCGCUGCCGUCCAACCUGCCCCCCACGCUCCAUGCCGACUUUGGCUUCAAUCGCUACGUUCUGCGCACCAGCGUCGUCCGUGCUGGUGCCUUGACGCCUAACCUCAUGGCCGAGCGCGAAGUCACCUUGAUCCAUGCACCUGACGAGGAUACGCUUGAAGAGACUGAUUCGAUCAUUGUCGAGCGGUGCUGGGAAGAUUUGCUAUCGUACAUGGUCGUCUUCAGCGGCAAAAGUUUCCCGAUCGGUCAACAGAUUCCACUUUGGCUCAAGUUUGUACCUCUGGGUAAAGUCAAGAUCUACCGUAUUCUUGCCACGCUCGAAGAACGUACCGACUACUUUGCCAAGGGAAGACGUGUGGCAAGACACGAGGUCCCGCGCAAGUGGACGUUGAUGAAAGUUGCGCAUGCUUCGGCCACGGAGCCGAUCUUACCUAUCCUGUCAGAUUCGGCCGAUGCGCUCGAUAACAGCCCGUUGGCUCCCAUGGCGCGUGCCGCUGCUGGAGAGGACCAAGACUCGGAUGCGCUGCCUUCUAUCUUGGACCCAACCGGCCCCUGGGAGCUGGCAACUGAACUCAGCAUCCCCGCUUGUGGCACCACCAGAAUCAAUCUGAGCACCAAUCAUUCCAAGUCCAACAUCGCCGUCCACCACUUGGUUCGGCUUUCGAUCCGCGUUGGUAAAUCCGAGGGCGAUUGGGAGGUGUGGAACGACAGCGUUGGCACUUCGAGCUCUGCGGCCAAGAAUCCUCCUCAACUCUACGAUAUCAUUAUCGAAGCACCCAUCACACUCACAUCGUCGCAUACAGCUACUGAGUGGACAGCUCUCCCCAACUACUGGAGCCUACCUGCAGAGCCUGUCGAUCAAGACGCGGAUCGCAGUGCCGAAGCGGAUAUGCCACUACGACCUGGAUUGCCAUCGCCAGUGCUGACAAGCAGGACGGGCAUGGUGGGACAUGCACCCGCACCACUGCGCUCAUCUACAGCAAGCAACGGAAGCCCCGUCAGUACCUCGCCUCCCAUGUCGCGCAAUCCAACUCAGCUAUCACGACGUUGGCUUGCGCUCAGUGCAGACCAUAUUGAAAGCGACGGUAAUAACGCUCGUACUUCCAAUGCUCCAGGUGGUGUAGCCUCUGCACCGCCGCCUGCAUAUCGACCUAACGCAAGAACGGGAGAGACUACGGUUGCAUCGACAAGCAUGAAUCGCUCACCAUCUGAGACGGUGCCGCCGAGCGGUGGAUCUGGUUCGGCUUCCGCCCCAUCGACUGCCAGUGCGUACAAUGUUGGUCUGGCCCAUUGA